CUUUGACUCAUCAGACUCGUGACUCAAAUGACUGUGACUGUGUGAUGCAUGCAUGGCUGUGCGCUCACUCACCUGGUCCCACCGAGCUUUAGCCUUUGCUCCUGCAUAUCAGAAUUAAUGCUCCCCCAACUGGUCACAGUGGUGUGUGUGCAGAAGAUCGACUUUUGCUGCCAGUCACGAAGUGAACACGCAGCUUACUUGCCUCCCCAACAGCUUGACCUCUCCUUCCCCUUACCCCACACAGUCCACACGUAUUGGACCGGCCAAACAUCACCGAGCCGUCUUCUCCCUUUGCCCUUACCCCCACCCCCUUCCACCACCUCUUCCAGCACAAAUACUUUGCGCCUCUUCUCCACCGAGGGAAAUGUCUUCUUUGACUUUGCAUCCUCCCCUCUCUCGAGCACUUGCCCGCUCAUCCUUGUCCCUCUCCCCCGCGUCCAACCUUGCCGCCGUCCGCUCCAUACACCAGCAGACUCUCCGCCCCUCAUCUAGCCUUCGCCCGACUGGACAAUCCGCUUCAUUGACGCAACGCACAGUCAGCUCUCCUUUGAGCGCCGCACGAGCAUCAGCUUCUCACCUCGGCUCUACCGCCUCGAUCAGGUCUUUUACUAGCAGCAUGGCGCCUCGU